AUGGAUCCAUUUCAAAAUCCCAUCCCCUCUACUUCUGGUUCUGUAGCCGAAUUGGAAAAGAUAUUACAGACUUGGGAAAAUCCUUCGGAAGGUAUUGGUGCAGAAGUAACCAUCGAAGAUGAUAUUCUAAGUGAUAGAGACCUUCUCGGAAUAUUGCAAGAGGAUAUCAUAGACGAAUAUAUAAUGUCACCAACUCACAUAAUCGAUCCUACUGAAAUUUUUUUCGAAGAAGAUCCACUGUCCAUUGCUAUUGAGCAAACAGGAUGGACCAUCGGCAACCCAUCACGAGAAAGCCAAAAUCUUUUUGAGUUUCGUGGGGAACCUGGACUCAAAGUCAAUCUUGGAGAUCAUCCUGUUGAUUACUUCCGAGCUAUAAUGACAAACACUUGCUUUGAAACAUUGAUAAGAUGCACGAAUGAUUACGGAAAUAGAUUAAAAAGCCAUGCCACAGGAAGUGCACGAGCAGUUACUUGGAAAAACGUAAGUAUACAGGAAAUGGAACUUUUUCUAGGCCUGCUUUUCCAGAUGGGUUUUGUGAAGUUGAAUCGCAUCGUUGAUUAUUGGAAAAAGGAUAUACUUUUCCAUCAACCCAUAUUUUCCAAAAAAAUGGCACGCAAUAGAUUUCAAUUGAUUUUGAGGUCGCUGAAUGUGCAGACUGUACAAAAUACAACAAGUUAUGAAAAAAAAAUAGGCAUUCUUCCCAAAGAAUGUGAGGAAACUGCUGAAGUUUUCAUCUUCUUUGAAAAAGUGUUUGAUUCCGUCAAUGGAAAUUAUAGUAAGGAAAAAAAAAACGAUAUGCAGCCCUCACCAGGACCACUCUACAUAGGAUGUGGAAUGAAGCUAAAGCUACGUUAA